AGAUCUGAAAGAACCUAAAAACAUGAUGUCCAAAAAUUGCAGAGCCAGGUAUUGCACUUACAUGGGUAGCACUGGUGUCCUGUUUUGUUCCGAGGAGCUCAUUAACUGUUGGCUUCGCUCACCGCUGCACCCUUGCAGAAGCUCAGCAAUUGUCUUUAAUGGCUUCAGGAUCUUCUCAGAGCUUGUGGUUUAGAAAAGUUUAGACAUCAGUUAGAUGUCAUUAAACACCAUUAAUUUCCCAGGAAGUUAAAUAGAGUCUUAAAUAACACUUCUCAGUAGCUCCAUCCCCAAAUGUAUGCACUUUUUUUUUUUUUACUGUUUUCCUUUGGAAAUAAAAGGCUCAUCCCCUGCCAAUAAAUAUACCAGGGUCCCUCCUCCCCAGGUUAAAAAUACUGCAGAGAUACUAAAUUAUUGACAAGCAAAAGCCAAGCCCUUGCUGUUGCAUUCCAGUGCAAAUCUCUACUCUGCCACCUCAUGUUUCUGGUUUUUAUUACUCGUGUUUAUACCCGUAAAACAUGAGUUUGAAAGGAUGCUCCUUCGAUAAAGUCCACUUUCCUGCUAAUUAUAAACAACUGAGUCACCCUCAUAAACAGAUUUGUCAGGUUCCUUCUUGGAAACAGUGAGGGCAGGCGGUUCAAGUGCAGUAUCACUGAUCUGGCGCUGCUGCCGCACCCGGCAAACAGAUUACCUUUAACUUGAUUUACAUUAAACCAGUGGGCUCCAUAGGGUAAGCUGGUUAACGCUGGUCGGAGCUGCGUCCGCAUACCCGCCCCGUUGCCCACGGGAAGGAAAGAGGAGACAUCGAGAUGGGGGAACGGGGGUGGCUGGCCGAGAACACAAUUUCCUCGGUGCAGCGAUGCUUAAUCCUCCGUUAGGAAGUGAGAAAUGAUCUGCGUCGCGGCUGUUUCGGUACUCACCUUCUAGGGCAUGGCGCAGAAAGCAACGCCUGGCACCUCCCUGGAGGGGAUUCGUCCCACCUACCUCUACAAGGUGGUUCUGCUGGGGAGCACAUCGGUGGGGAAGUCAAGCCUGGCCUACCGAUACGUGAAAAAUGACUUCAAGGAGUCGCUGCCAACCGUGGGAUGCUCCUUCUUCACACAGACGCUCAACCUGGAAGCAGGCACAGUCAAGUUUGAGAUCUGGGACACGGCAGGCCAGGAGAAGUACCACAGCGUCUGCCACCUCUACUACCGGGGUGCCCACGCUGCUCUCCUCGUUUACGACAUCACCAAUAAGGAAACACUCAACAGAGCAAAGCUGUGGCUGAGGGACCUGGAGAAGGAAUUUCUUCCUGAUGAAAUCGUCAUCGCUUUGGUAGGCAACAAGACGGACCUUGCUGCUGACCGAGAAGUCGCCACUGAGGAAGGGGAAGAGUUUGCAAGGACCAAAGGCCUCCUGUUCGUGGAGACAUCUGCAAAAUCCAACCACCACGUAAAUGAUAUCUUUAUGGCCAUAGCCCAAGAGCUCCUGCAGCGGGAACAGAAGAAGGCAUCUGCCCCAUCCCCGUGUGGGAGGUCAACAGUCAACCUGAGGGAGAGCAGGGCAAGGAUGGGGUGCUGCCAGCUCUGAGGAUGGGCAGCUCUAGACCUCAGGCUGCACUGCCGGCGGCAGCUGGAUGAGGUCUCCAAGAGGAGCAAUGACAAAGCAAGGGGACACAGAAGCACAGGGGCAGCUCAGCCCGACCACCCUCCCCCUCGGAGCGAGGUCAGAGCCCAUCCUGGGGGCACGGGGCCUCUUCAACCCUCCAGCACUGGCUUUCUCCAAGAGGUAAAGCCCAGGGGUUUCUUCCACCAACUUUCCACUUCCAGAGAGGAGCGUGACCCUCCAGCACUGCUGCCACCAGCCCUGACUGGGGACAUCCCCCUGCCCCAGAUGCACGUCAGCUCCUCUGUGUCCCUUCCCAUCCAAAAAGGGAGGGCUUAACUUUCUGGAACAAAGCAGGUACGUCCUGGUGGUUUUACACCCAGGCUGCAAAUAAAGAGAAUAUUGUU